AUGGGCUCCAACAGCCUACCUCGCGCACCCCUACACCCCGACACGGCAGAUGUGCAGAAUUAUAUGCCUGAGGGUGCGCCCUUGGACACGGAGGAGGGGCUUGCAGGCCUCCGGCAAAUCCUCGCCUUCAAACUAGAGGACGUGCUCCGAGGAUAUCAAGACAAGAUAUCCCACGAAGAUAUCGACAUCCCAGGCCCGGCCGGUCAAAUGCGUGCAACGAUUUUUCGACCGAAGCCCGGUUUCACUGCCUCAUCCGUCGCUGAGACCCCAGGGAUCAUCAACUUCCACAUGGGUGGUCAUGUGUCAGGAAACCGCUUCAUGGGCGUCAAAUCCCCGCUGGAAUGGGUCGCGGAACUCGGCGCCGUGUGCCUGACGGCCGAAUACCGACUCACGCCCGAACAUCCGCAACCCGCACAGCUCGACGACAGCUACGCGGCCCUAAAAUGGAUGAGCGAGCACGCCGCCGAGCUAGGGUUCAAUCCGCACAAACUGAUCGUCACCGGUGGGUCGGCCGGCGGGAAUCUCGCGGCGGGAGUCGCCUUGUUGGCGCGCGAUCGAUCCGGUCCCGAGAUCCUCGGCCAAUUGCUCAUUUACCCAUGGGUAGACGAUAGCAAUGAGACCAUUUCCAUCCAUCAGUUUGGGCACGUCAAGCCGUGGACGAGGGACUUUAGUGUCGUGGCCUGCAACUAUGCAUUGGGGAAGAACCGUGAGCGGGCUUCUAUCUACACGGUGCCUUCGCGCGCCAAGGAUCACCUCAAUGGCUUGCCGUCGGCCUUUAUCGACGUGGGUUCGGCGGAUGUGUUCCGCGACGAGAGUAUCGAGUAUGCCAAUGCUCUGAUGAAGUGUGGCGUGCAGACCGAGCUUCAUGUAUGGCCGGGCUGCUGGCAUGCUUUUGAUGUGUUUGUGCCUGAUGCCCCGAUCGCUCGUCGAGCUGCGCGGGCGCGGUUGGAAUGGUUCCAGGAUUUAGUCAGUAGGGCCUAG